GGCACGCACACAAAAAAAAAGCGUUUGUGGCGAUUAGAAGUUAGCAUGGUGCGAAGCACUCUGCAAUUCAAAAGUUAUUUCAUUGUAAUGGAGGAUUGGUUUUGAGCAGGGACAAGUAAGGGCUAUGAUGCAACUGGCUUAUCGCGGGUUCGUGUCAAGAUAGAAGCAGCAUUGUCUUUAAAAGCGUUUCUAAGAAUGACCGGAUGCGGGAGGGGUAUAUAUUUAUGCGCACUUAUUGUUAUUCGGGGACUAUUGAACUCGUUGGAAUUAAGGGCGAUGCAAUGAGUCCCAGAGAUGCAAUUGAAGGGAUUGACUGUGGACUGGGGUGAGUUUGACUUUUGGAGCAUCAUUCUAAUCAUUGAAGUGGAAACGAACGCCAGGAUAACUAUGUUCAUUUGUUCCGAAAAAUAACUCACCCAAUACACAGCUCUGAGGAAGUAAACCAUAUCUGAAACACCAUGAAUGAAACCAUUGUGAUACCAGCUGUGUGCCAUUUUAGGAUGCUGAGCCAAAACAGUUCGAAUAGCACACAUGCUUCUCCUUGGUUCUCAACCGCAUUUGCAGCUGUUGGACUUAUGUCAAACCUGAUCGCUUUUGUGGUGCUAAUAAGCGCUUACAGAAAAGCACAGAGCAGAUCAAGAUCCUCGUUUUUGAUUUUCCUAUGUGGCUUGGUUGUGACAGAUUUUUUAGGUCUUGCUACAACUGCCUCUAUUGUUGUGACUUAUCAUCAUUUAGAUUUCGAGUGGGAUGAAGUUGAUCCUCAGUGCCACCUUUGUCGGUUUUUGGGAUUUUCAAUGGUGUUCUUUGGACUCAGCCCUCUGUUGCUUGGGGCAACCAUGGCCGUUGAACGAUUUUUAGGAAUAAACAAGCCAUUUUUACGUUCUACCAAUUCUUCAAAACGACGUGCUUGGUGUACUGUGUUUAUAAUAUGGCUGUUUUCCUUUUGUGUUGCAUUGCUUCCCAUUUGUGGACUUGGACAUUAUACUCACCAAUGGCCUAAUUCCUGGUGUUUCUUUAACAUGACAAACAGCCCAAGCGAUGUUGGAUUUUCAAUAUUGUUCUCUAGUGUGGGAUUGUUAUCUCUGGCGGUGUCUGUUUUCCUGAACACAAUCAGCGUGGUUACACUGUUCAAAGUAUGCUUCAAUCGAUUAACUGUUGAAAGGAGCCGAGAUCAUGAAGUGGAGAUGAUGGUACAACUGUUGGGUAUAAUGGUUAUUGCAACAGUCUGCUGGACGCCAUUGUUAGUACUUAUCCUCAAGAAAGCUUUUACAGACACACCAAAUGGCAUAACCCUGAAACAAACUCUUGUUAUUUGCAUUCGAAUUGCCACAUGGAACCAGAUCCUUGAUCCUUGGGUUUAUAUAUUAUUCAGAAGAUCAGUUUUGAGGCGAUUUAACCCAAGUCUUCGAGCAAGGCCUUCAAUUUCAUCGUUAUAUCCGACUAUAAAUGCAUCGUAUAGUCGGCGAUUUACACAAGCAUCAAUGACAACCGCAUAAACUAUUAUUGCAGCUGAAUUCAGCAGGGGUGCCACCAAACUAGACUGACUUAUACUUAACUGUGAAGGUGUAUUUUAGAUUAAAUUAAAGCAUGCUUAUCUAAAUAUGCGUCAAUCAUAAAAUGGCUUGAUACCCGAACUUGACUUUCAGAAUUGCGCACGUUAAAUGAUUUUUACGUCAGCCUACAUUUUGAUAUAAAUGCUUUCCCUUAAAAUCUGGUGUACUGUAACGUAUGCACAAGGCUAUAGUGAAUCGGCUUGCAAUGCAACCAAGAUUCCAUUGUUUCCUUUUGUACCAGCUGAAGUUCAAUUGGCUACUGAGAAUUUCUUAAAUAUGCUGGCUUAAACCAAAAUAUAUUUCAAGGGUUUUGAGACAUAAAAAUAAACUUAUUGAACUACUUUUCAGUAAGAAACAGUUUGUACAUUGGCACAUCAAUGAGAUUUUGAAAUAAAGGAAGACAAUUUUUUUUUACAAUUUGAGAUGCAAGACUAAGUACCAAUGAUGUGAAAAACAACCCGAAAGAACUGCAGAUGCUGUAAAUCAGGAACAAAAAUGGAAAUUGCUGGAAAAACACAGCAGAUCUGACAGCAAUCUGAGCUCUGAACGGUCACUCAAGCUGAAACGUUAAUUCUGACUUCUCUUCACAGAUCCUGCCAGACCUGCUGAGCUUUUCCAGCAAUUUCUGUUUUUGUUGCUAUUAUUAAUGAUAUGAAGUUUCUACAGCCAUUAACCUUGCCUGGAUCCUAGCCAACUCUGAGGUUUCCAUGGCAUUUAAUGCUCAUUUUUAGUUCAUAUUAAUAUCAUAUCUACUAUUGAUCAUCUAGUAGAAAUCACAUUGUUUUUCAAAUAUAUGUAACAUUGAAGAGAUCACGUAUUAUGACAUAUUCUGUGCUAUAUGACUGUAUGACGCUACAGCUCUAUUACUAAGCUACCAGGAUGGACAGGAUGAAGAAAUCAUAGCUACCGCAGCAAAUCUGAAAAUCAUCCAUGCAAAGAAAUAACAAGAUUUGUAUCAUUCCCUUUAUCAAAGACAGCAGUCACAUGCUGCUUGAUGAAUGGUGACUAUAGCACCCUAAUGACUAAUAUCAAUCAGGAGAGGAAAUCAGAAUGGUUGAGCUAGAGCCCAGAGAAAGGGAGAGAGAUAUGAAAAGACUAAGAAAGCAACAAGAUUAUGGAUAGCAGGCCAGGGCAGACAAAAAGCUGAAUAAGUGAUAAUGAGCGCUAAGAGAAUGAGUGAGCUGAAUUGAAAAUAACCCAAGUAAUGCCAUAAUAGGCCUAGGAUCAGGUGAGAAUGAGUGACUGUGCUAAAACCAACCUAUGUCACACAACAGGACCAUGUGUAGGGGUGGGUAAAAAAUAUGGAAGGUUGGAAUCAGGCUCUAAAGUUAUUGGACACAAUUUUGAGACCUAAAAGCUGUAGGGUCCCCAAGUGGAAAAUGAAAUGUUUUUAAAGCUAGCACUGAGACUCACUAGAGCUUCUACCUGCAGUAGGCUUUCAACAGAAAUGUUGGUGUGGAACCAUGGUAGUUUGUUGAAGUGGCAGGCAACUGGAAGCUCAGGACCAGGUGUUUUGUAGGUGUUCUACAAAACAGUCAUCCAGCAGCAGAAGCCAGGGAGGAACACAGUAAUCAAUAAGCCUAUAAAUAAAGCACGGUGCGGAUUUGGGCCUAGUCUUCUCAGGGCACUUAGGUUGCAGCAGCAGCAGUUUGGAAGUGGAUAGGGACACAGGAAGUGGUAAGGUGCAGGAUCACUGCAAAAAUCUUUAAUGUAGUUCCUGUUGACAUCAUAGAGCUUCAAAAGGUGAGAAAGGCUCUGGAUUAGUGAGUACUGGGCACCUGACAACUAUUGGUUAAACAACAGGAGGCUGGAAGGACACAGCAGGACAGGCAGCGUCUGGAGGAAAGGAACAGUCAACGUUUUGGGUAUCACCCUUCUUCAGGACUGGACUUGGGGCUCGGGGAGCUGCAGACAAAGAGUGGGGAGGGAAGGGGUGGAGGCAGAAUGGUGAUGAUUGGUGGAUAUUUUUAGUAGGUAUGACCUGGUUGGUUGAUGGGAGGGAUGAAUCAGGUUGGUAGCUGGGAGGGAGGGUCAGAAGGUGCAAUGGAAAAGAGGAUGUAGUGCUGGUAGGGGAAGCGGGGGAUGGGUGGGAAGAUUACUUGAAAUGGGAGGAGAACUCAAGUUUGAGUCCUCCAGGCUGUAGGGUGCCCAGACGGAAGAUAACUUGCUGUUGUCGCUGGUUAACUCUUGCUUAUCCUACAGAUUUAGAGCAGUGGGAAUUUAGUUACAGUCAAAUUCUCAUUACCUAAAGAACAGAGUAGAAAGCCUAACAAAAUAAGACUAAUAAUUCUUGUCUAAGGGGUUAAUUGUAAGUUUAAAUGAUGUCAGGGGAGGUCAGACAAGUGGAAUGUAUAGCCUGUAUCAUAUCAGGAGUCCUGGAUGCUGCCAGUAUCCUAUAUGAUCAUAUGUGCAGGAAAUGCUCCCAGCUGCAGAAGCUGGACCUCUGGUCUCGGAGAUUGACCAGUCUUUGCAGAUACUGUGGUACAUCUACAAGGCUGAGUGUUACAUGGGUAGUACUUUUCAAGGAGUGAUCACACCGCAGCUCCAGGAACUAAAGGAAAGAAGGGAAUGAGUGACCACCAAUCAGUCCACAAAGAAAAACUUGUGGUAACACUCACUAACUGCUAUUCCAUUAUGGAAGCUGAUCAUGGUGGUGGAAUCUCAGAGGAAUGCAGUCAGAGCCAAGUUGUUGGCACCUCAAGUGGCUUGACAGUAUGGUUUGGGAGGGAGGAAGUGGGGAGGAGAAGUAAGAGAGAGCAAUAGUAAUAGGGAAGUCUUUAGGCAGGGGAGCAGACAAGCAUUUCUGCGGCCGAAGAUGUGACACCAGGAAGAUGUGUUGCCUCCUUGGUGCCAGAGUCAGGGAUGUCAGUGAAUGGCUGCGGGGCAUCCUGAAAGGGGAUGGUGAUGAGUUACAGGUCAUGGUACAUGUUGGUACCAAGAAUAUGAGCAAAGCAAGGAAUAAGGUCUUGCAUCAAGAAUUCAGUCAGCUAGACAAUACAUUGAAAAGCAGGACUUCAAUGGCUGUAAUCUCUGGAUUACUCCCAGUGCCAUGUGCUAGCGAGUUUAGAAAUAGAAAUCUAGGACAGACGAAUGAUUGGCUAAAGAGCUGGUGUGAAACAGACAGGUUUCGAUUCCUGAAUCACUAGGACCAUUUUCAGGGAAGUUUGGACAUGUACAAAUUGCACCGUCUGCACCUGAACCACUUUGGAACCAAAAUCCUGGCAGGUAGGUUUGCUAGUACUGUUGAGAGGAGUUUUAAAUAGUCGGAGAGACACGGAAUACUGAUGAAACAGAGACACAUCAGGCUACAGCAAAGGAAGAAAUUCACAAUGAGUUCAGCUAUGUUGAGUGUCAAGGGAGGAAGGCAAGGUUGGUUGGUCUUAAAUGCUAGGAGUGUAAUAGAUAAGACUGAUGUGUUAAUGGCAUAGAUUGACGCAUCGAAGUUUAUAUUGUUGCCAUCACAGAAACAUGGUUAAGAGAAGGGCUGAACUGGCAUCUGAACAUUCCUGGGUAUAGGAUCUUUAGGCAAAAAGAGGAGGGUGUAAACACCAUCCUGGCACUAUUAAUUAAGGAUUUAACUACUGCAAUAAAGAGAUAAUAUCUGGAAGGGUCCUCCAUUGAGGCUGAAUGUGCAGAACUUAGGAAUGUUUAGGGAGCAGCCACUUUAAUGGGACUGUACUAUGGGCCCCCAAAGGAAAUUGAACAGCAAAUAUGUAGACAGCUCACAGAGGUGUGUACGAGUAAUUAUAAGUUAAUUAUAUCAGGAGUUUUCAACUUUUCCAACAUAAAUUGGAAUAGUUGUAGUGGUAAGGGUUAGAGGGGGUGGAUUUCUGAAAUAUAUCCAUAGGAGUUUUUUUGUAUCAAUAUAUAGAAAGCCCAACAAGGGGCAGUGCUGUGCUGGAUUUGGUUUUAGGGAAAGAAGCUGGACAAAUGUUUGAUGUGAGAAGGGACCAAGGGGGCAACAUGUAUGUGAAGCCACAAAAUAUUUGAAGGGCAUUGAAUGAAUACUUUGGUCUUCAAUCUGGAAAAAGAAGAAUGUAGGUACAGAGUUCAGGAAAAGGGGCUGUGAGGAGCUUGUCAGUUUGACAUAGGAAAUGGGGAGGUAUUAGAGGGUCUAUUGGGCUUAAAAACAGACAAAUCUCUUGACCUGGAUGGAGUGCAUCCCAGGCUGCUGUGGAAUGCUGAGUAGAAAAUUGCAGGGGCUCUGAUGUAAAUUUUUAAUUUCUCUCUGGCUACAGGGAAAGUGCCAGAGGACUGUAGAAUGGCAAAUAUGGUUCCACUUUUUAAGAGGGAUGGUAAAGAUAAGCCAGGAAAUUAUAGACCAAUGAGUCUCGCGUCAGUGGCAGGGAAACUAUUAGAGAAAAUUGUGAAGGAGUGAAUUAAUAUCUACUUGGAAAGCCAUAGGUUAAUUAGGAAGAGGCAGCAUGGCUUUUUCAGAGGGAUGUCAUGCGUAACAAAUUUGUCAGAAGUUUUUGAAAAUGUGAUCAAGUGGGUGGAUGAGGGAAUUUCAGUUGCUGUAAUUAAUAUGAAUUUUAGCAAAGCCUUUGACAAGGUCCCAGAUGGGAGACUGAAUGCAAAAGUUAAAGCACAUGGAAUUUGGGGAGUCUUGAUGAAAUGGCUCAGAAAUUGGCUUAAUAAUUGGACACAAAGAUUGGACAAAAAAUAUUGGCCGAUGGCUGUUUAAGUGCCUGGAGGCUGGCGUCCAGUGGUUUUCCACAAAGACUUGUACUGGGACCCUUAUUGUUUCUAAUGUACGCAAAUGAUGUAUGUGAAAAUGUAGGGGGAAGUUUGCAGACGACACUAAGAUCAGUAGAGUGGUUAACAGUGAAGAAGAUAGUUGUGGGUUACAGGAAGAUAAGGUGAGUUGGCCAGAUGGGCAGACCAGUGGCAGAUGGUCUUUAACCAUGAUAAGUGUGACGUGAUACACUUUGGAAGGAGAAAUAAGAUAAGGAACUAUUUAAUGAAUGGCAGGACAUUGGGUAGCUUAGAGAAACAAACCGAUCUUGGGGUAAUUAUUCACAGAUCCCUGAAGUCAGCACAGCUCAUGAAUAGGAUAGUUAAGAAGGCACGUGGGACACUUUGCUUUUCAUCAGUCAUGGCAUGGAAUAUAAGAGCAACUAAGUAAUCUUGAAGUUGUGCAGAGCAUUGGUCAAGCCACAGCUGGAGUACUGUGUGCAGUUCUGAUCACCUCACCACAGGAAGGAUGUGAUAGCACUGGUGGGGUACAGAGGAUGUUCACCAGCAUGUUGCCUGGGUUGGAGAAAUUGAGCUACAAGGAGAGACUAGAAAGGCUUGGAUUGAUUUCAUUAGACCAGAGAAGACUGAGGGGAGACAUGAUUGAGGUGUAUAACAUUAUGAGGGGUGUGGAAAGGGUGAAUAGAGAGCAGCUGUCCCCCUUGGUUGACGGGUCAAUCAUGAAAGGGUACAGUUUUAGGUUUAAGGGACAGGAGAUUCAGAGGGGAUUUGCAGAAGAAGUUCUUCACUCUGCAGGUGGUUGGAAUCUGGAAUACACUGCCUGGGAAGGUAGUAGAGGCUGGAAACCAUAAAAACUUUAAAAAAUAUUUAGAUGAGCACCUCAAAUAUCAUAACAUUCAAGAUAUGGGACAAGUGCAGGAAAUUGGAAUUAGCACACUAGUUACGUCAGUGCAGACUUGAUGGGUCGAAUCUGUGAAUCUAUGAUUCUAUGAGACCACAUUGUGAACAGUGAAUAUAAUAGACAGAUUGAAUAAAGUAGAGGUGAAUGGAUGCUUCACCUGGAAGUUGGGGCCUUGGAUUGUGAAGCAGGCAGCAAAGAGUAGGUGUCACACCUUUACAGUCUCACCCAACAGCUAGACAGCCAGCAAAAAUCCCUGUUGGUUCUUUUCAGAAAGUCCCAUUGCACUAAAUACUACUCAAUCUUUAAAUAAGGGCCUCAGAUGGUGAUGGGAUGGAAGGAUCAUUCAUGGCUUUCCCAGUACAGAUUUCAUCAGGCUGACUGAGUGAAGGUGACAAGGCCUGCAUUCAGCAGUCACAUGUGAUUGAAUAGUCGCCAGCUACCAGAGGUGAUAAUGAGUCCCUAAUACUUAACACUGCCUGAUCAAAUAGUUUCAGAAUAAAAGAUUAACCCUUUAAUCCCUUAACUGAGAAGAAAGGGCAUAUCUUCUCUCAGACGGUUAUGAAUAUUGGAAUUGUCAAUCACAUAGAGCUGUGGAAGCUGCAUCAUUGAGUAUAUUCAUAGCGAAGGUAGAUUUUUGAAGUUGUCAAGAAUUAUAGGAAAGUUGAGCUAAGCCCAUUGAUUUUAUUGAAUUGUGUACCAGGCAGAAGGGUGUUUACUCAAUUCCUGUACCAGUUUCUUAAGAUCUUCUUGUUACUGCUCAAUUACUGCUGGCACUUCUACCCCCUGCUAUUUUGAAUGAGGUCCUAUUGGCUCAAAGCUUGAAUUUGACUUUCUUGACACCAAUACCCAAAAUGAUAUUUUGAUUUAGAUUCAAUGGGUCAGUGGAAUUACAUGAGCUAUUAUCUCUUCUACUCUCCAACUGUUGUCUCCUCACCCAACACCUCCACCAACGAACCCCCACACCUCCCAUCACCCCACCCCCUUGCACCUCCAUUGACGUUCUUUGCUGCUAAGAAAUUGAAGAUUUGCCAAAACUGUGACCUCAACUGACAAUGUUGCUCUGACAACCAGCAGGAUCAAUAUGUUGCCUUUAAUUUGCAUUAAAUCUUUUGCUGAAUGCAUGUUCAAAAUGAAAGACAUCCAAUCCAAGUUUUACUAGAGCCCAAGAGAGCAGGCUGCUUUGAAAUGUACCUAAAAUUGUUUCCUUGGUGAUUCUGCCCCUAUGGAGACCGAGCAAUAGAUCAGCUGCCCCUUGACUAUAUUGGUCAGAGGUGGUACACGGUUGGCCAGACCGUACAGAACAAAAUGGAGGCAUUUCAUAUCCUUACCAAAACGCUCCACCAGGGCAAUUUUAAGAUUGGUACAAGCCAAUACCUGUUCAAAUUACUCAUUCAAAGACAUGAACAAAGAUUUCCUAUCAUGUUUCAUGAUGUGUUCAACACUUCAUAUUCAACGAGUGUCUGUGGAAAUGCAAUCACUUCUUGUUCUAUAAGUAAACACGGGAGCCAGUUUGUAUACAACAACAUUUUAUAAACAACAAAUGAAAUCAAUCAUUGUAGUUAAACUCAUUUUGUUUGAGUUAAAAACACAUCACUCCUAUAAGACUGCAUUCAAAUGUUAGCCAGAAAGUGUUUUUAAGUUUUGAGGUUUUGAUGUCCAACUUCAGAGGCAACAGGGCUAUCAGUAGUACCAAACUAAACAAAGAUCUUGUGGUAAAUAUAGAAUGUUAAACUAGCAUCUUAAUCUUAUCCAAUAUAAUGACAUCUUAAGACUUUGGCAAUUCAACAAGUUUUUGCAUUUUUUAAUGCAUUUAAUGUAUAGCAGAAUUUGUUACCAUUUUGUCAGAGAUAAUAGGAACUGCAGAUGCUGGAGAAUCUGAGAUAACAAGGUGUAGAGCUGGAUGAACAC